AUGACGCUAUCUAGUCACGUCGACCCUGAUGAGCUUAUCAAAGCUCUGCGAGACGGCACUCACGAUAGCCUCAAAUCCAACAUCCACACCGAAAACGCCUUUGCCAGUUCAACCCCCUAUUCUACGCGCUAUGCUAGCAAGGAAGCAAUUCCUAAGUUUCGCAUGCCCAUAGAAGGAACGCCUGCAGACGCCGCGGCGCAGAUGCUACGUGACGAGCUGGACCUCGAUGGACGACCCAAUUUGAAUUUGGCUAGCUUCGUUGGAACGUAUAUGGAACGACAGGCGAACGCACUGAUGGCUGAAAAUCUCUCUAAAAAUCUGUCAGACGCCGACGAGUACCCUGCUCUGAUGGCCAUGCAUGCGCGAUGCGUUUCCAUCAUAGCCAGUCUUUGGAACGCGCAGCCAAACGAAAAAGCGAUUGGUUCUGCAACUGUCGGAUCGUCUGAAGCAAUCAUGCUUGGGGGCAAGGCAAUGCAGCGCCGAUGGCAGGAAAAACGAAAGGCGGCUGGGAAGGACAUUUCUCGGCCCAAUAUUCUCAUGGGUGCCAAUGCACAGGUAGCCCUGGAGAAGUUCGCUCGAUACUUCGAUGUGGAGGCACGUAUUUUGGACGUUUCUGAGAAGAGCAACUUUGGUCUCGAUCCGGAAUCGGUGCGCAAAAACAUCGAUGAAAAUACUAUUGGUGUCUUUGUCAUUCUAGGCUCCACCUACACUGGCCAUUAUGAGCCUGUGGAAGAGAUUUCGAAGAUUUUGGAUGAAUAUGAAGCAGAGACUGGCCAUGAUAUCCCGAUUCACGUCGAUGGAGCGAGCGGUGGUUUCAUUGCACCUUUCGCAUAUGCAGGUGGUGGACAGAAGUGGAACUUUGAGCUUCCUCGAGUCAAAUCAAUCAACACCUCAGGUCACAAAUUUGGACUUGUGUAUGCUGGCUUGGGUUGGAUCAUCUGGCGUGAUCAGUCCUACCUACCCAAAGACUUGGUCUUUGAGUUGCACUACCUUGGAGGCACCGAAGAGUCUUAUACACUCAACUUCUCGAGGCCAGGAGGACAGGUGAUCGGGCAGUACUACAACCUCAUUCAUCUUGGAUUCAACGGAUACCGCGAUAUCAUGGAGAACUGUCUGGCAAACGCACGUCUGCUAAGUAUAGCUCUGGAAAAGACCGGCUGGUUCACGUGUGUUAGCAGUAUCCAUCGCAAGAAAACUAUAAAAGCAGCCAAGAACAAGGUGCUUGGUAAAGGGCAGGAGACCUCUGCCGACUACGUCGCCGGACUACCUGUCGUAGCUUUUCGAUUCUCCGACGAGUUCCAGAAGGAGUAUCCUCACGUGAAGCAGGAGAGUGUCAGUAUUUUGUUGCGAGCGAAGCAAUACAUUAUUCCCAAUUAUCCACUUCCCCCGACUGCGAACAAUAUCGAAAUCUUGCGUGUGGUGGUUCGAGAGAGCAUGAGCGCUGAUCUCCUUGAAUGCCUGAUAGCAGACAUCGUUGCCGUUACAGAGAGAUUGGUCCAGUCAGACCCCGUCGACCUGUCUACACUCCAGACCCAAGCCCAUAGAACUCGUGUCGAGCGACGACGUAAUCGCUCUGGAAAGCACGGACAACAGGCUCAAAAUAAAUCCCCUCGUUGGAUGACGAGGGUGCAUAAGUCGUCACCCCUCGAUGGAUCGGAUCAUCGUACUUUCAACGACCCAGGAAAAUCAUUAUACGAAGAAUUUCAACAGAUUAGCGCUCCAGUUGGAGUCGAUCCACGUCAGCAUCUGGCCGUCUGGCUCUAUUUGUGUUCCUCGUGUCCGCAAAGGGAGGAAACGCUGGAACAACUCAUGGUAUACUGCUACAUAUUGUCAUAUAACAACGACUGGCUCUCAGAUCCGACGUCAGUGCAUCUAGGCUCUCGAUGGGCUCCUAACCCGGUCACGGGCACUUUUAGACUUGAUGCGCAUGCUCAUGCUCAUUGA